AUGUCGAAUAAACUGAGUGAUAAGAGUGGCCGAAAAGAUCUACCACAUAAUCCUUCUCAGGGGUACUGGUUAGGUGACUGCUUGCCUUCAAAUGCUCUAUCACCAAUUACUCUGGCAUCAAGUCUUGGUUCGGCUAGCUUUUGCUCCCCCACUCCAGCCAUCAGCGCAUCUCAUCGGGCUAAUAACCUUCCAUUCUCUGGCCUACCCAAUCUGGCCAAUCACCAUCUCGCCGCUUCCAUUGAUAGAUUAGACCCAUCAGUUACGACAACGGCUGUCAAAAUCCAGGAAACCUGUCCUGAUUGGGCCAGGCCGACCAGCUCUCAAACCAACGAGGGAGCUAGGCCGGUACUGCUACGCUCAGCUUCCUUCUUGAUAUCGAAUUCACAUCCUUGCCAGAUGGUGGCUGAUAAAGAAUUGACUCCAUUCAGAUCACAUGAGGAAGAAUCCGGAGCUGGUGGAAACUGUGUAUGUAAGACGGUGGCCCCAGGGCUUGAAACCAGCGCUGACUGUGUCAAGUGGAAAGAUUUCACUGGGAGGAGACAGAGGAGACGAGCUUCUGAAGCCUCAUCAGUAGCUUCACAGCGAGCCAUUAAAGCUGCUACAACUGGGUUGCAGGCGAUGAACGACUAA